UCACACAGUCACUGACACUGAGAGGAGAAAUGGCACAGAAAGGAGUUCAGCUGGACCGAGAAACCUUCUCUUGUUCCAUCUGUUUGGAUCUACUGAAGGAUCCAGUGACUACAACCUGUGGACACAGCUACUGUAUGAACUGUAUUAAAAGUUUCUGGGAUGAAGAGGACAGGAAGGGAAUCCACAGCUGCCCUCAGUGCAGGAAGACUUUCACACCGAGGCCUGUCCUGGAGAAAAACAUCAUGUUAGCAGCUUUAGUGGAGCAGCUGAAGAAGACUGGACUCCAAGCUGCUCCAGCUGAUCACUGCUAUGCUGGACCUGAAGAUGUGGCCUGUGAUGUCUGCACUGGGAGGAAGCUGAAAGCCAUCAAGUCCUGUUUAGUCUGUUUGGCAUCUUACUGUGAGAAACACCUCCAACCUCACUAUGAUGCAGCUCCAUUAAAGAAACACAAGCUGGUGGCCCCCUCCAAGAAGCUCCAGGAGAACAUCUGCUCUCGUCAUGAUGAGGUGAUGAAGAUUUUCUGUCGUACUGAUCAGCAGAGUAUCUGUUAUCUCUGCUUGAUGGAUGAACAUAAAGGCCAUGAAACAGUCCCAGCUGCAGCAGAAAGGACUGAGAAGCAGAAGGAGCUCGAGGUGAGACGACUAAACAUCCAGCAGAGAAUCCAGGAGCGAGAGAAAGAUGUGAAGCUGCUUCAACAGGAGGUGGAGGCCAUCAAUGGCUCUGCUGAUAAAGCAGUGGAGGACAGUGAGAAGAUGUUCACUGAGCUGAUCCGUCUCAUCCAGAAAAGAAGCUCUGAUGUGAAGCAGCAGGUCAGAUCCCAGCAGGAAACUGAAGUGAGUCGAGUCAAAGAGCUUCAGGAGAAGCUGGAGCAGGAGAUCGCUGAGCUGAAGAGGAAAGACGGCGAGCUGGAGCAGCUCUCACACACAGAGGAUCACAACCAGUUGCUACACAACUACCCCUCACUGUCAGCCCUCAGUGAGUCUACACACUCAUCCAGCAUCAAUAUUCGUCCUCUGAGGUACUUUGAGGAUGUGACAGCAGCUGUGUCAGAGACCAGAGAUAAACUACAGGACAUUCUGAGAGAGGAAUGGACAAACAUCUCACUGACAGUCACUGAAGUGGAUGUUUUACUGUCACCACCAGAGCCAAAGACCAGAGCUGGAUUCUUAAAAAAAUUCACGUGA